AUGGCAUACUCUCGGCGACUACUCCUAUUCGAUGAGAAGAUAAUAGACCUGUUGGAUAACGAAAAUCAGUUCUCUAAGUUACAGACUUUCGACAUCAACUGCACAACAUGUGGUCGUGGUUAUUUGUGGUUUGGUGACUCUUAUGGUGUGGCACAUCGUGUUGAUCGUGGUCUACAUUCCAUUUCAUUUCAAGCUCAUAAAAACUCUGUACACUUAAUCUAUCAGAUGAAGGAACAUGAUAUACUGCUAACAAUCGGUGAGGAUAACUCAAAGGAAGUUAAUCUAAAAGUUUGGAAUCUUAAUAAAUGGACCAAUAAAAUGACACCAUUUUGUAGUCGAGUUACACCAGUCACUCCCCCCGGAUUGCCGCUCAGUCAUGUCACUUGUUUAGCUGUUGAUGAAGGUCUUCAUUAUAUGGUAUUGGGUUAUGCAAAUGGUGUACUUCAAUUGUUCAGAGGAGAUAUUACUCGUGAAAAACAAUGUAAACGUUCUGUUCUGUAUGAGUUCUUAUGCCCUGUCACUGGAUUAGGGUUAUAUAUUCCAGACCAUUUAAGUUUCCAGCAAAAGUCUACGAAAAACUAUGCAAUUAAUGCUACAAUCUUAAAUGCUAAUCAUUGUCAAGAUCCUAUAGUUUUUGCAGCCUCAGAACAAAGCUUGAUGAGUUUUGUACUUGGUCAAAAGGAAAAAGUUAAGUAUAAGACUGUUCUGGAUCGCUUCGGGGCUCGACCUCAUUGCACAACUAUGUUAUUGACUGACGAUGUUACGGGAGCUAGUCCUCAAUUCGCUGUUGCAUGUUCAGAUGCUGUCUACUUCUAUAAUUGGGACGGUAGAGGACCUUGUUUAGCGGUGGAUGGAGAAAAAAUCGCUUUAGAGACAUAUAAAAACUACUUGAUCAUACUGAAGAACACUGGGAAAUCGUUAGUUAAUUCCUAUAACCCAUUGCUCAAUUUAACACAUAAUAAUCAGGAGAUAGGCAAAUCGCCGAGUGGAACAAUGGUGACAGGAACCGCACUUUCACCACCGCUUCCAUCCUCCCAAUCUUUCAACUAUAUUACAUCAGGUUCCCUUGUUAUACAGGAUUAUAACAACAAAUUUGUUGCUGGUGAAUUCCACUUCAAUUAUUUCAAAGCUCUGUUCAUUGAAUGGAAUGGUAUCUAUCUAUUAUGUGGAAAUGAAUUCUUCAAUCAGUCAGAGGAGGCAGCGAAUAUUCGUGAUAAUGUUGCAGUGAAUUCUAAACUGAUUUGUUUAACUGAAAAAGAUACACAAACUAAACUGGACAUGUUAUUUUCGAAAAAGAAUUUUAAUUUAGCUAUUGAGAUAGCUAAAUCUCAACAUUUUGAUGACAGUGAACUAGCUCACAUAUUUUGGCGUUAUGCUGAUUAUUUGUAUCAACAAAAAGAUUACGAUGCUGCUAUUCGUGAAUACAUAAAAACUAUUGGCCAACUUGAAGCAUCAUUUGUCAUACAAAGAUUUCUUGAAGGUAGUCAUAUUAUUCAACUGACCAGCUAUUUGGAGGCUUUAAGCGAUCAAAAUCUGGCCACAAGUGAUCAUUUACUCCUUCUACUUAAUUGUUAUUGUCGUCUACAAGAUGAAGAUAAAAUAGAUCAGUUUGUUAGCACUCCGAAUAAUUCACAAUUGGACGUCACAUCAGCGCUACAUGUCUUAAAACAAUCGAAAUAUAUUAGUGCUGCUGUCAAGUUAGCUAAAAAUACUGGACGUCAUAUAGACUGUAUUGGUCUUUUGAUUGAAAAUUUAUGCGAUGGAAAGUCAGCACUUGAAAUGAUUGAUAAACUGGAUUUUGAUGAGGCCUUGAAAUCUGUGAGUGAAUAUGGACAUCAGUUAAUAACUCAUUGCCCUUCAGAAACGAUCAAACUUUUGGAUAAACUAUGUGCUCAUCCAGACGCUAGUCGAAUCAAUGUACAACAUUUUCUGAAAGUGUUCGUCAACAAUCCUAAAGGCUUGAUGAAAUUUCUUGAUCGAUAUAUUAAUACUGCUGCACCAUCUAAAUUGGUUACUGGUGUUGUGGAUACAUUUUUGGAGUUAAUUCUAUAUGAAGCGAAUCGAUUAAAAGUUGAUAAUACGUGCUCCGGUAAACAAUCAGUUCAAUUACUUCAAAUGGCUAUGGAAUUAUUACUGAAUAAUGAACUUCAUUAUGAUGAGAAGAAAGCAUUGGUCCUUUGCCAUCAACGGGAAUUUUAUGAAGGUUGUAUUUAUCUUUGGGAGAAACAAAAGCUAUAUGAUCAAAUGCUUGCUCAUUACAUUAAACGGGAUAUGAAUAGUGAAAUAUUAAACGUGUGUGAAAAAUAUGGUAAUCAAAUGCCAAAUUUAUGGCUUACUGCUUUGGUUUAUUAUGCGCAUAAACCUGAACAUUCAGAUAUUCUGAGACAUGUUGUAGACCAAGUGGAUAGCCUAAAUUUGGCAUCACCUCUUGUUGUUUUACAAAUAUUAUCUGAUGGUGACCCUGAACAGUGUUGUAAUAUUGGAACAAUUCGUGAAUAUCUUCUUCGUCAUUUGGAAGCUGGUAGUAAUCAAAUUAAUAUUAUGAAAAAUGAAGUUGAUCGUCUUCGCAAAGAAACAAUGCAUAACCGUGAAGUUGUGCGUAAAUUGAACAGUCAGGUAAAAAUAUUCCAACAACAAAAAUGCGUAUUAUGUCACCAAAGUCUUGAUCCUCCAUCAAUUCACUUUUUAUGUGACCAUUCGUAUCAUAAAGUAUGCUUUGAUAACUACGCCUAUGGUGAUCAACAAUGUCCACAAUGUGCACCUCGAAAUAAAAAGCUACUAGCUGAAAUCCAUAAUACACUGCCUAUAAAUAAACCUUUGUCUGAGAUUGAUAAUGGUUCACCUGAUCUUCUGAUAUUUCAAUUGAGGAAUGCGAUAAGUCUGGUAAAGGAAGCAAAUGAUUCCAAAGGAGCUCAUUCCAGUGUACUAUCCUUCACAGAUAAUAAUAACACUGUCAAGAAUACUCGUACAUCAAUUCACUCACCACUUCUUAGUAAAGCAUUGAGCAAUGUACUUAUUAGCAACUCUGGUCUAUCAACUAAUAGAAGUAAAUCUGUAAGCAGUCAGAUAGUGAAACAUGAUGAUAUUAAUGAUAAUAUUUCUUCUGAUAAACGAUCAAUUGGUUCAAUGAAAAUCCCAAGUUUAUAUGAAUCUACUACAUCACCUAAACACACAAAUCAAUUAGUACCGGAACCAGCCAGUACUAGAGAUCCUAAAAGUGCGAACACUUCUCAAAGCACACGUACCAACCCAUUUCAACUGGAACCAUCUGUAUCUACCGGUUAUUCCUCAUGUGUUGAUCCAGUUGAAUCUAGUCUAUCAGUAAAUAAAUCACUAAAUCCAUUCGAUGAACCUUGUAUUGAUGAUAAUGAAAAUGUCACAUCUAAUAAUAAACCUAUACGCUAUGAAUCCGUUGAUACCGGCUUCGAUGAAUCAUUAGUUCAUCAACAACAAACUCAGCCUAAGUCUCAAUCGCUUAAUCCUUUCGAUUGGGAUUAA